ACACGCUCACGUCCUCCCGCUCUCUGGCCAGGAGCGUUUCCCCUCCUCCACACCCUCUUCCUCCCAUCUGGUGUCCCACCCUCACCCCCCCCCUUCCCAGCCCAAGGUGGGGACAGACACCUGAGGGCCUGCCAGCUGCUUCCCCACUCCGGCCUGAGCCCGCCUCAUGUGCUUUGCCUGUCUGUCCACAGGGGACUCGUGGGGGAUGCUGGCUUGCCUGUGUACUGUGCUCUGGCACCUUCCUGCGGUGCCAGCUCUCAAUCGCACAGGGGACCCAGGGCCUGGGCCCUCCAUCCAGAAGACCUACGACCUCACCCGCUACCUGGAGCACCAACUCCGCAGCUUGGCUGGGACCUACCUGAACUACCUGGGGCCCCCUUUCAACGAGCCUGACUUCAACCCCCCUCGGCUGGGGGCAGAGACGCUGCCCAGGGCCACCGUCAACCUGGAAGUGUGGCGAAGCCUCAAUGACAAACUGCGGCUGACCCAGAACUACGAGGCCUACAGCCACCUCCUGUGUUACCUGCGGGGCCUCAACCGCCAGGCCACCACGGCUGAGCUGCGGCGCAGCCUCGCCCACUUCUGCACCAGCCUCCAGGGCCUGCUGGGCAGCAUUGCAGGUGUCAUGGCAGCCUUGGGCUACCCUCUGCCCCAGCCCCUGCCUGGGACCGAGCCCACCUGGGCCCCUGGCCCUGCCCACAGUGACUUCCUCCAGAAGAUGGACGACUUCUGGCUGCUGAAGGAGCUGCAGACCUGGCUGUGGCGCUCGGCCAAGGACUUCAACCGGCUCAAGAAGAAGGUGCAGCCUGUGGCGGCUGCAGUCACGCUGCACCUGGAGGCCCGUGGCUUCUGACCCCUGACUUUAACCACCUCCUCUCCAUCCCCUCCAGAGUAGGGGGAGCCCUGUGUGCCCAUGCUCCUGAGUCCGUGGACAGACCCACGAGCCUCUGGCCUUGCCCUGGUCUGGGGGAAGCUGGGAUGCCCUGGGCCCCAUCCCCUCCCCACUGCCCAGAGUCCUUUGGGGCUGGGGAAGAGGUGCAAUAGGCCUGUUCCCACAGGAGGUCAGGCUCAAGGGAUUCCAGAGGGGUUCAAGUUGGUGCCCCAGCUCUCAUGGCCUCUUAUCUCCAGCCUACCACUGGCCCAUGCCAACCUGGCUCCUCCCGCAGGUCUUCCAGAAGCACAUAUGGACGGCAGGGUGGGGGAUACCCUAGCAUGUGCCUUCUUGGGGUGAAGCCCUUUGGCUGCCUCACUUCCUUGGGUUGCUCCCAAUGGCGAUACUUCACAUUAGGAGACAUACAUGGCUGUGCAUCUAACAAGAGACGGGAUUCCUGGGGGAGAGGAAAGGCCGCCCUGGAGGUGGGCUGAGGGUCGGGGGCACAAGGGGAUACCCAGACCCUGCCUCUGGUUCUCUUGCCAGUUUCAUGGUGCCUUCCCCACCCUCGUCCAGGGUGUCUGUGGGCUGCCCAGGCUGGGGAGGGCAACGAGGGCCACGGCCACCGAUUUCCUGAAAGUUUACAUUGCAGUAGCAUUUUGGGGCUUGGGGUGGCGGCUCCCUGAGGCCUACCCCCUAGCCCACCCACUCAUGACUCUUUUAAGUUUGUUGUAUUAAUAUUUAUUUAUUUGGAGAU